UCCAGCAGAGUGGACAGUGACGGAAAGGGGAGUGAGAGAGCUGGACGGGGUUUUGCAGUGUAAUGGGGAGGGAGAGAUGCAGUACGGGUGACGGUGCGAGGGUACUAAAGCGUACGAUGACAGGGGCGGCAGGAGUGCGCUGACAGGGUUCGGGGAUCGCAAACGACGGUGGCAGGGACCUUGUGACAGUCUUGUAAGAGAAGACAGGAGAGGAGCGAGUUAGGUGGUUGCGACUCGGGCGGGGUGGCGCGCCGUUGACUGUGCGACGCCGUUUGACCUCUUUGUAACUUUCAAGUGGACGAUAUGACGAUGAAGUAGGGCAUUGUGACGGCAUUUGUUUGGCAUUUGACCGCGUCGCAGACUUAGUUACGGUGUGACUGGUGCUUUCAGGAGGCAGUAACGGUGCAGUGAACCUCGCAGAAUCGGUUAGAAGUGUGUGCGUGUGCAUGUGUGACGGUGUUUGACCUGUUUAACGGACCAACCCUGCCAAUUCAGUGCACCGAAUUGUUCAUAUUUAAGGCAUUAAGUCAUUAUCGCGUAUUUGGCAGGGCUUACGGCUGGAUGUUGUUAAAUGAUGGCAGAGGUUUAGACGCAAACUUUUUCCUUGUUGCUGCUGAGCGACACGUGACAGUAGGCUUGUAGGGAACUCGAGUAAAACGGUCCGUUUAAAGGCUUGCUGUGUUAAGUGGGGGAAGUGAGAUAAGAUAGUUUGGUUAGCUUCGAUAGGGAAUUCGCAGGGCUUGGGCGUGGGCGGCGGUGUGGGUACACGGCGAUCGGAUCAUGUGACGUCAUGCGGUCUUCCGUCGGGAGAUUGUAUGUCGGAGAGAUCUACGGAAAGUGGUGCUGGAUGCAAAGGUUAGCUGAACCCAGGAAAGUGAACUGCUAGUCAUUGAGAUGUCAUUUCGCCAAAGAGAACAAGUGCCAAGUGUUUUGAGUGACAGCUCGCUCGUUAUUGCGGCGUGCUAAAUAUUGUGAUUUUCGGCUACAUUGUAUCGAGAAGUGUCGAGUGUUGUGAGCGAGUGUUUCUUGAGGAAGAUGUGUAUCAUGUGUCCACAGAGUUGAUACAUGUCUGUUCCUUAGCAGUGUUUAAUCGGUGUGGUGAUUUCGCAGAUUAGCGUCUCCAUCCUGCGAGGAUUCCCAUAUCCACUGAGGAUUUCCGUUCCCCUUCGUCCCAUAGCGGGAUCUUGCCAAAGCAGGCUCAGGAAGAGUCUGACCUGCAGUGUGUGUGGAUUUCGUCGGAUUCUCGCGAAGAUAUUCAACGGCGCGGGAGUGAGGGUGUGUCAGUGUUCGCCCCCGAGUGUAGGGAAACCUAUCGGGAGGCCCCAGUGUUUUAGUGAGGAUUACUGUUCACGAGCAAGGAUUCCGUUAUUCGCUGAGGAUUACAACCUGUACGCCAAGGAUCUCCCACCAUUCAGCGAGGAUUUGCGUGUCCACAAAGGGUCACCGUAAUUGCCCGGGAGAAUUCCGAACGCCAUUGAGGGAUUCCAGGAUCCAAGUUGCGCGGUGCCGGUUGAACCUCUUUAUGGGACGCGGAGACUCCGGUGGAUCGAGAGCGCGCGGCGGCGGCGGCGGCGGCGGCGGCGGACCCUGCCAGGACCAGCAUUAAGUCGACGCUCGAGCAGGGCCAGGCGACAGCGACGGUGGUGGUGGUGGCCACGACUCUGCGAAACCGGUUCCACAAGCAGGCGUGACCUCAAUCUCACCCUAGGAAAACAAACGGUGACCGACGCGUUGGGGGCGGAAUGGUGACUGCAGGGAUACUCCUCUUGUAGAAGGCUGAGCAUGGGGCGGUGACGGGAUGAAGGCAUCGUCCAGAGCACAGGCGAAGGGGCGGGGCCAGCAGCAAGCAGGGUCGUCGCUCAGCAGAGUGAAGAACCCCACUGCCAACAAGAAGACCUCCGCGCUCAAGUUUAAAGCUAAAGCAUCCAAACAUGAGAGCGGAAAAACCUCCUCGCCGCGCCAGAGCAACGGAGGCAAAGCCAACCCCAAGCAUUCCCCAGCGAGUUCCAGCAGCGACACCUCCAGCAAGGGCUCCUCGGGGACCUCGAGAGGGCGCACACUGAAGGCCAGAAGCCACUCUCCGGGCCGGGCAGCGUCGCACACGUCGCCGCCGGGGAAGUCCUCGGUGAAGUCUCCUUCAAAGCGGUCGCCGGGGAGGUCUCCCCAGAGAGGCUCCGGCGACGCCCCGAAGGCUGCGGGACGGCCCGGGAAGACUCCCGUGAAGAACGACGCGGAGGCUCCCAAGUCUGGAAAGACGGCCGAUUCCUCGAGCGCUGCGAAGGUGAAGGCGGAGAAGGAGAGAGCGGACACGAAAGCAGGGAAGGACACGUCUUCGGAAAGCGACUCCUCCCAGACUGUCAAGGCGGCGUCGGACAAGGGGAAAAAGUCUGCGACAACGGCUCCCUCCAGACGGAACUCGGAGUCAAAAAAUGACACCAGUGGCAAGUCCAAUGAUGACAAGGAUGGGAAGAAAAAGGCAAAGAAAAAUAAUAAGGAUUUAGUGAGUGAGAAGGAGGAGAGUGACAAGGAAGUGAAGAAAAAGACAAAGAAAUCCCAGGACGAAAAGGAGGAUAAUGACAAAGAUACAAAGAAGAAAGGGAAGAAGACAGUGACAGAAAUAGAGGAAACUGACAAAGAAGUAAAAAAGAAAAUCAACAAAGCUGUGGAUGAAAAAUCAGACAGUGAUAAAGAUAUGAAAAAGAAAGUGAAAAAAGAGGAAACAGAUAAAGAAGGAAAAAAGAAAGUAAAGAAAAGUGUAGAUGAAGUGACGAGUGCUCAAGAAAAGGAAUCAAAAAAGAAGUCAAAGGAAAAAACUGAAAACUUAAAAGAGGGAAAGAAGAAAGAUCAGAAAAUAGGUGGGGAGAAAGAUGAUAAGGAAAAAGAAAUAAAGAAGAAAGGGAAGAGAAUAGUAGAUGAAAGUGAAUUAAAGGAGAAAGAAAUGAAAAGGAAAUCAAAGAAACAAGUAGAAACCUCUCUUAAGGAAGAUAGUGACAAGGAUAAUAAAAAGAAAAACAAAAAAUCUGUCAGUGAAAAGGAAGAAAGUGAUAAAGAGGAGAAAAAGAAAAUGGAGAAACCAGAAGUUUUGAAAGAUGAAAAAGAUUCAAAGGUGCUUGAAAAGGAAGCUAGUGUGAUGGCAAAAGAUAAUCCGUCUAGUAAAGCCUCCCCAGAAGAGGAACCUCAGAAGGAAGUGUUGAAAAGUGAUACCAAAGAAGAAAGUGUUGAUGCUAGCCCUUCUGCAAACAAACCAAAGAACAAAAGUGUUAGAAAGGUGUCGGUAGAUAGUGAAGGGGAAGACACUUCUAAGUGUAAUCAAAAAGAGAUGAAUGUGAAUGGUGAACAAAGUGAGAAGGGUGAAGCUUCCCCUGAGAAGGACAGUUGUCAGGAAAAGGAGUCGUCCGACAAGAAAAAGUUGGAUAAUACGAGCAGCACUUUGACCGAGGAGAAGGACAAGCCAGCUACCACAGUCUCUCAGGAAACACCAAUGCCCAAGAAGAGAGGGAGGCCCAAGGGAAGCAAGAAUAAAAGAAAAAAUGAUGGUUUGCCACCUGCAAGGCCCAAGAAAGACAAGAAGAAGGCUAGUGCAAAACAGUUACAAGAAAAGGCAGAGAGUAAAUCCAAGAAAGAGAGAAGUGUCUUUUCUUUCUCAGAAAGCGAUGGUGAGAAAGUGGAGAAGGUGUCAAAGAAAAAGACCAAGACAGCACAGAAUAAAGGUAGAAAGGUAAAGGAGCAUGAGAAAGCAGAGGAGGGUAACUCUAGUACAGACAAUGGACUGACUGAUGAAGAAACCAAAGAUGUUGAUAAAAGCAGUCACAAGGAUAAGCAUAAAGAUAACAAAUUAAAGAGCUCUCAGGUGCGGAAAGGUUCAAAGAAAGUGCUUGGUAGUGUGGUAUCGAAGCUGAAGAAAAAACCUGCCAAACCUCGAGGUCAUAAAAAGCUACCAGCAGCCUCAAAGGGAAGGAGAGCCAAGAAGCAAAAUUCUGAUGCAUCAGAUUCAGAGGAGGAGAAUGAGGACAAGAAACGAUCCAGAACAAGAAUAAGUAGAAUUGCUAAGAUUCGGUCUGAUGAAAGUGACACCAGUGAUAAUGAAGAUAUCAAAAAGGCUCUGUUAAACAGUGUUGCACACCUCAAAGGAGAAAUAACAGAUGAUGAGCAGAGUGAUGAUGAUGAAGACUGGGAGGCAGUGAAAGGCAAGAGAAGGAACAAGAGAGGAGGAAGAAGAAGAACAGGAUUGACUGGAAAGAGAAAUAAAAAGAAAGCUCCAGUGGAAAAACAAGCAGAGAAAAGUGAUGGCGAUGAGGAUGAUGAUGAAGACGAUGGUGAUGAAGGGGAGGAUGAUGCAGAUUAUGAAGACUAUCCUGUGAGUAACAGAAGAGGACCUGCAGGCAAGAAAAAUAAGCUGAAGUUAGAAAAGACAAGUAGUCAGCGUAAGGAUAAGGACGUCCCUAAAGGCCGGCCGAAAGUAGAAUCAUCCUCUGAAGAGAAUGAUGAGGAAGAUGAAGUCAGACUGUCUCCUAAAAAGAAGUCAAAGAAGUCUUCCAAGGAAGAAAGCUCUGUCGGUAGGAAAAGCAAGAAGGUGACUUUUGUAAAGAAACCAUCAAGAAGUAGGGAUGACACAUCAGAUGUUGAUGAGAGUGAUAAGGACAGUGACAGUGACUAUGAAGCAAAAGGUCGAAAGAAAAAGAUUGGAAAGUCAAUUUUGAAGAGCAAAAAGCAUAUGCCAAAAGGAAAGAAAAGGAGGGAAGAUUCAGCUCCUGUCAGAGGACGAAAGGUACGAAUGGCAUACCUGAAUGCAAGAGCCAUGAUGCAUUGCAUGAAUGAAGAUGCAAGAAUCCCUCUUCCUGCCUUGCCAGCUCCAGUUAACAAAAGUGAAAGUAUGGCACUGGUCCUGCAUGGACAGGGCAUUGGUGAUAGCAAUACAGAUGAAGAAUCAGAUGAUGAAGAUAGAGACUAUAAUUCACACAGUAAUAAGGUUGGAAAGCGCCGUAAAAAUACCAAAAGGAAGAAUGAAGAGGAAACAGAGAAGAAAGUGAAAAAGAAAAGUAAAAGACGUGCAGGAGAAUUGGAUGUCCAUAUGGAGAUGCGAGACAUGGUUGCCAAGAAGCGCAUGGCCCUCCUCAAUGCAUCAGCCAUUAUGGCAGCAAGUUAUUCAAAUGAAUCUCGAAGACGGAAUCCAACAGCAAACACAAGCUCUUCAGCUGAGAGCGAGGUGACAAAUGUUGACAUCAAACGCAAAAUAUCAGUGAAGUCAACUAACAGGAGUUCAACAACUCGUAGUGUAAUAACAGUCGAAGAAACUACCAAGAAAGUGAAAAAGGCCCAAGGAAGUAGAGAAACUGAAGUGGAAGAACACAUCAUAGUCAAGAAGAAAGUCAAGAGACAGAGUGGUUUGGACACAGACCGAGAGGAAGACAGCCAUGGAACAGAUCACUUGGAAAUGGAUCCUGAUAUAUUAACAAAGAGCCCAGAUGAUCCAGAGAGAAUAGUUGUUGAGUCAACCCUGACUUAUGUUACAACUCAGUCUCCCUCUGCACCACAGACUGUCACCAUAUCAGGGGAAAGCACUUACUGUAUCUCUUCAAGUGAUGGAAAGACAACCACAAUGGUUAAAGAAGUGAAGCGGAAGUCAACCACCACUGGAUGUUCUACUUCCUCUGCUCCUCCCACUGCUUACAUUCCACCUACACAUCAUGUACAACCUCAGCCACCUCAAAAACCAGCAAACUACACACCACUUGAGGCACUGUCUGUCAUGCAACCUGUGAUGAGUCCUGGAGGCACAACAACGCAUCACCACCACCACCAUCACCAUCACCAUCAUCAGCAACCAUCACCACACCAUCCACCACCAUACCACCCACCCCCACAUCCUCCUCCACCCCCUCCCCAUCCACAUCACCAGCCUCCACCACAUCAUCCUCUGCCACCACCACCUCAUCCCAUUCCACCAUCACACAGCCAUACCCAUCCUCAUUACCAUCAUCCUCAUCAUCAGCCAUACCCCCCACCUCCGUCCUCACACCCCCAUGGUUCCACUCCUCCUGGUGGUCACCAUUGUGGCUAUAGACCUCCCCCACCUCCGCCUCCAGGACAACACAGCCAAGCUGGAACUUCCCCAGCUGGUCCUGUAAUGACAGCUCACACACACCCCAGUCACUCCUCACCUGGCUACAUACCCCCCAGUCAUACUGUGACGCCCCCACAGUCCGCCUCCACGCCACAUCAUUCGCCCAAGCAUAUGGGCUCACCAAACCACAUUUCAUCAGGCCUCAAGAGCCCAACCGGGGGGCCAGGAAUAAAUCCACCUCCAGGCUCUCCACGGAGUGCACCUUCAGUGGGCCAGGCUGAGCGCCACCAUUCAGCUUUCACUGCCCCAACGCCAUCAGCACAUGCUCCUGCAGCCUCAGCCCCUACAGGCUACCAGCCAGUGAGUGGGCCCAUGCCGGUAAAAGCGAAUUACACAGCCACCACCUCAGCCGGCACCGGUCCCUACAAGGCUCCCAAGGGGUCACCAGUGGCAGCAGCCCCCCCAUAUUCCUCUCCCCCACGUCUGACCUCCCCUCCACCCCCCAACAAGCCUCCUCCUUACCAGCAUAACGCGGAACCCUACCCUCCACCCUACCAGUAUCAGACCUACAAUUACCACCCUGCCCCUCCACCGCCACCACCACCCCCGCCUCCGCAUGUACCGCCCUAUGACAAGUACUACCCACGGGGAGCAACCUACCACCUGUACCCCCCGUACUCAGGGGGUCAGUAUGCUGCCCCGGGUGCAGAAUACUCAUACCCACCUCCUCCUCCGGGUGGUGUGCACUAUUCACAGGAGAGCUACACCUCCUAUACCUUGUGCGUGCCCAACCCACCACCCCAGGGUCCCCCCCAGGCACUAGCUUUGCCUCCCCCGCCACCACCCACAUCAAAUGCCCCUCACCCUCCUGCAUAUGCCACAUAUCACUACACGGAACUCACACCGGUCUUCACGUAUCCUUCCCCGGGUACGAUUGUUAAGAUAAACUUCAUAGGACCUUCAUCACAGAGUACAAUAUGCUUUCCAGUGGAUCCAAAAAACGUGCAUACUGGGCCCCCUACUGGAAGUGGUAGAGGGCCAGAAGCUCCAGGAAGCAAUGUUGAAGAGUGUAGUAGUAUGAACCAAGGUGGCAAUACUGGGCACCAGUACCAAUACCGACCAGCACAACACCAGAACCAUCCACCUCAUACAGGAGUCUCCCAGGAUUGUCCUGCCACUCCAGUGUACCAUGCUGGUCCUCUAACCACCAUCAUGAGCUCAGUCAAUCAGCCUACCAUCCAGGUGUAUGGUGCUGUUGUUCCACAACCACCUGUGACUUUGAUGUCAUCCCAGAAUCCCCAUGCUACUACUCCUCAUCCCAGUGCCCCCCCACCAGUGCCUGCCCCAGUGCCUCCCGUUGUGCCUCUCUCUCAGCCUCAACCUGCCGCCACCACCACCAUUGUGGCAAUGGCACCCAUAACUGUAACUGUUCCCAUCAAUCCUGGGACUCACAGUAGUCCCCAGUCUGUAGGGUCUCCCACAUCACAGUCUGGCGGUGCUUCUGCACAAGCAGUUUCUGGGAGCACACACUCUUCCGUAGCACUACCACAGCUAACUACAGCAUUUGUGUCUGGAAUGUCUCAGCCAGGUAUAGCCCCUACACAAGUAACAUCUGUUUUAUCUGAUAUGCCUCAGCCUGUGGUAACUCCAGCACAAGUUACAACACCAAUGGUUAGUGGCAUUCCUCAGCAUUCAGUGACUCUGACACAAGUUUCAUCAAGUAUCUCAACUGGAAUGAGUCAGGCACCCAUUGCAUCACCUCUUGCCACACCAUUUAUAUCUGGCAUGUCACAGCCAACAAUAGCUCCCACAAAAGUUACUUCAGCAGUCAUCUCUGGGAUACCUCAAACUGCAAUAGCUCCUUCUAGUGUUACAGUUUCUGCUGUUCCUACAUCAUCUCAACCUGGAGGAACUCAAACAUCUGUGGCAACUGCAAAACUCACUGAGAUGCCCCAGGUCACAGUCAUUCCUGCACAAGUCACAACAGGCAGUGUCAGUUGUGUGCCUCAGUCAGCUGUUGCCCCUGGCCAAGUUUUAACAGCUGUUGUUACUGGUGUACCUAAAUCUGUAACAAGUGUUUCACAUGGUAUAACUGAGAUUCCUCAGAGAGGUCUCUCACCAGAUGUAGUAGAUAUAUCUGAUGAAAAACAGAGUGAUAAGGUUGAUACACAGUCUCCUUCAGCUAUAGUGCCUGGACUGCAACAGUAUGCCAAAGAUGAUAAUGUUGAUAGAGGGUCAAAAGGUGUACCUUUAGAGUACAGUAAUGCAUCUAAUUUUGGAAUUUCUCAGGCAACAAAGAUUGCUACAAGAGUAAGUACAGCUGUUGUUUCUGGGAUACCGAAGACUGUAGUAGAAAUCACAAAAACAGCUACUGCCAUUGUUUCUGGAGUACCAAAAUCAUCCAUGGGAUCUGCACAAGCACAAACAGCUGUUGUCUCUGGAGUUCCAAAGACUCAAGUGAUGCAUACACAGGUGUCUUCUUGUAGUGUCACUGGUGUAUCUAAACCAUUAACACUAAAUGCACAGUUAAAUACAGCUGUAGUUUCUGGUGUACCACGUAUGUCUGUUGCUCCAACACAGCUGACUUCAACAGUUGUUCCUAGUGCUUCUCAUACAUUGAAGCAUCUCCCACAAGUCACCACCACUGCCAUUUCUGAGAAAUCCAGAUCUAUAGGCCUCCCUCUAAAAGAUACCCGGCCAGUGGAUCAUGAAAUGCACCAACAUAACGUUUCUCCUUCCAAGAUAUCAUCAGAGGUUACUAGAAUAUCCAAGCACACAAAGAUACCAAACCUUGGAUCAGUAUGCACUUCUGAGGGAUCAGAGAAAACUGGUUGUGCAUCUACUCUCAAGACAACCCCAGAGGCAGAGGUGCAAGUAAAUACCACUGAUGCAAUAAAUUCAGUACCUGAGCCAUAUGUAGCAUGUAAAGGAACAGCAAAUAAGUCAGAAGCCAAGGCUACUGAAGGAGUCAGAACAACCUGUCCUGUUCCUCCAAUGAAUGCUAGUGGUAUAGAAAUGAAAGAUGUGACAAAGGUGAAGAAAGAAAAGGAAGUUCCUCCAUCAAUAAUUCGAGAAACAGAUAUAUCUAAGUCUGUGAAUACUGCUCACCCAAUGUUCACUAUUCCAGACUUCCCUAAUAGAGUCUCAAGACCCAAUACAAGUUGGAGCCCAACACAGCAUAGUAUAACCACAGAAAAAGAAACCUAUAAGCAAUUUUCCACACCAGUUAAUCAUUCCUCAAGUUCAGGUUGUGACAUACAGCAUUCACAUUCAGUUGGUAAGAUGUCAUUAUCCUCAUUAUCCUGUAGCACAAAUAUAAGUGCCUCAAAUCAAGUUUUAGCAUCAGACAGUGCAAGAUCUCCCACUACUGGUGUUCCUUUAACUUUUCAGUCCAAAAAUGCUUGUCCCAACAACACCAAUAUCACCUCAAUAAAUGCUAGUGCUGCAUCAGCAGUAGUUCCAUCCACACUAAGUAAUUCAAAGAGUAAAGAGGAGGGAAUCUCACCCCUUAAGGAAAAGUCAAAAGUAAAUACAACAUGCAAUGCUGCAGCAAAGGCAGUGGAUGAUGCAGGCAGGACUGGGUUGCAGCGACCUGGUACAAGACACCUUCUUUGUCAAACCUUACCUUCAUUAACCAAAACGGCCACUGCCAGUGUAGCCAAAGCAAAGUCUUCAUCUAGUACUAACACACAUAGAAUGUUGGUUAAAUCAGAAGACAAAACUAAAGACACAAAACCAAACAUUCCAGAAAGUGUUCCUAGCAGUCAAAGCAAUCCAAGUCCCAAUAAUUCUUCUUCAAGUACAAUAACCAUAAAUCCAGCAAAAAAGGAAGAAUGUGGAAAUGUAAUUGAUGUCAAAGCUGACAUUGUAAGAGCAGAACCUAUUGUCAGAAAAAGAGGCAGGCCUCCCAAGGUCAGGGACUCCAGCAGUGACAGCUCAAGCAAUGCCCCUUCUGAAACUUCAAGUCCCAGUCAUCACUCAGGGUAUAGAUCUCCCAAGAUGAAACCAGAUGUAAAUAUUACACCAGAAAAAAAAAAUUCUGGCUUGCAUGAUCCCGAUGUGAAGAAAAGUCGAAACUCAUUGCAUCCCUUUCCAGGAACAAAAACUUUGAGGUCGCACUCAGAGGAAAGAAAAAAGUCUCUUUUGCAGACUUCCACAGUACCUACCUCACCUUCAAAACAGGUGGACUGCAAGCAAGAUAUAAAAUCGGGGGGCUCUAUGAAGAUGAUAAACAUCAAAACAGAAGUAUUUCCAAAAAUAAAGACAGAAAAGGUAUCUCCUAAGGGUAUUAAUAAAAAUUUAUCUCCAUUAAAAGUUUCCCCCAAAGAAAUUUCUCUCUUCAAAAACAAAAUAGAAAAUGGACAGGAUGAAACUUCAUUGAAAAGUACAGAUAUAUCGAGGAAGUGUGAACUUUCUUCACCCACAAAGAUUGAUGAAUUUACAGACUCCAAGAAAUACAUAAAAGGAGCAAAAGAAAUCAAGAAAUCACCAUCUGGAUUGUUGAGUGACCAAAGAGUGCCCAAAAAUAAUGUAGUAAUAUCAAAAUCAAAACUAAAAGAUGAUGAUAAGAAAGUAAUCUCAUCAAAUACUAGCUUAAAACGGAAAAGUAGUGAAAGCAUAGGUAGUAGUAGUAAAGUAAUAACAAAAUCCAGGGAAAGUGAAACGUCCUCAAAAUCUGCUGGGGGUGCUAAGCAUCAAGUACAGAAAUUUCAGAAAAUCAGCAAGACCACAAAGGGAUCUGCUCGGCGAUCUUGCCCAAAUGGGAAGGUGAAUAGGAAGAAAAGCCUUUUAGCUUAUUUAAAGGAACGAAACAACGAGAGUGAUACCUCAAGUGUUGAUUCUGAGGCUGCUGGUGGUGGCAGGAGAAGAUCCAAAAGCAAGGAGGAAUCACCCAAAUCCAAUAGUGCCUCUCCCUUUCCCUCGGCCUUCCCUCCACAGCCAGUUAACUCUGGCUCCCGCCGCAGGAGUGCCACUGGACAUGGAAAAUCCAAAUCCACAAAGAAGCCAAGAUGGGUGCACAACUGGUCUUGGGAAGGAGAAGCCUUUGAAGGGAAAAUCUGGUUAAGAAAUGAUGAACUUCCCCUUGUUAGAACUUGUUACUCUGCCAUGCGUCACAAAGAGGGUGACAUUGUGCGUGUCCGAGACUGUGUGCUGCUGCGCUCUGGCCCCAAAAAGACAGACCUUCCCUUUGUUGCCAAGAUUGCUGCUUUGUGGGAAGAUCCUGAGACAUCUGACAUGAUGAUGUCAAUCCUGUGGUACUACCGGCCAGAGCAUACUGAAUCAGGAAGACGAGAAGAAGACCUUCCUGAUGAGAUUUUUGCUUCCAAGCAUCGAGAUCACCUCAGUGUGGCUUGCAUUGAGGACAGGUGCUAUGUCCUCACUUUUAAUGAAUACUGCAGAUAUCGACGAUUUCUUCGACUCUUCCAAGAAGGAGUUUACCCCAUCACGACCCCAGUUCCAGAUCCAGAAGAAGGAUAUUCUCGCAAGGAUCGACAGCCCCCAGGGUGUGUGGUUGGGGAACUGCUUUUUUUCUGUCGCAGAGUUUAUGAUUACCGUCAGAAAAGGUUACUGAAAAAUCCUUACUGAGGGUAUGUGGGGGGGGAGGGGUUGGAGGACACUUAUGGAAAUGAGCAAUACUGUGGGGUGUGUAGUGAAACCAAUGAAAACUUACAUGACAGUGGUGAUGGUGGUGAUAGUGAUGCAGCACCCAGCAUCCUUGAACUCAACGCACUCUUUAUCUUGUGGCCAAUAAACUGAGGAACUUUUGUAGGUUCCCUGGAUGUCUGAAGGCAUUCCAGAUAAAGUUAUUUAAAUGAAGCCCAUUUUUAUGAGUUUACUUUUAAGUACUGAAGGAUAUAUUCAUAUAAAUAAAUAUAUAAUAUAUAUAUAUAUAAAUAUAUUAAUAUUUAUGAACUAAAUAUAUUAUAUGAGUGAGUUAUCAGAAAGAAAAUCAAAGGUGAAGUAAAGGAAAGUACGACAGUGGAACUGAGCAAAGUCAUCCGUAAAAUUACUGCCAAUGCUUCUCAUACUUCCCAUAAUUAGUGUCACAAUAAGUAUUUUGUCAUAUGAUAAGCCAAUAGGCCUGUACAAAACAUAUGAACUUUUUAUAAAUCAACAUUGCUUGCUGAGAGUAUCCAUGCAGUAUUCCCAUAUGGUGUUACUAUUAUUUAUGAUGAAACGUGGAUGUUUUAGUGAUUAUUUCAGUGUUGCCAGUGUAUGAACCGUUUCAUAGUCAAUGUAUGAGUUAAGCAAUUUUACCUUAAUACUUCCAAGAGUUAUUUUCUAAACCAAAGUUUCUGAUAAUCUUUGAUCUAUUUAUAUUCCUAUGAUUCUUGUCUAGCCAAAUACUGUCAGUGUUUAGGAAUUUGACAGAUAUAGACUCUUUUCUUUGACUGGUUAACUUGCCCACAAUAAGUAGUUAGAUAAUCUUCAAAGUUAUAAGUUAUCCAUAAGGAAACAGUCACAAGAAAUCAAUCUCUAUCUGCUAUCCAGUGAAAACACGGCCAUUUUACUUGAAGUCAAAUAGUAAACGUAGGGGUAGGUGGGAAAGGGUUUGGGAUUUAGUUUUGGCCAGUUUGGUCAUUUCCAACCCAAAAAGGAUCAUCAUUUUAUAUAUUAUGUAGAGCCAUUUAACACAUAUCUGACCAAGAAUGCAUAGCAGAUAUUACAGUAUUGUAAGGAGGUUAUAAAAAUAAUGAUCAUAUUAUUUGAAUUAAAAAAAAAGAAAAAAAAAAAAGAAAAAAAGGCACAGGAUAUAGCACACAAUAUCUCACAUGUAAAGCAGCACAGCAUUUUAUCAGUAAUUGCACUUCCAAUGAUUUUUUGUUUUUGCUGUCAAACAUGAUAGUUAUUUAGACAUUUUUUGUUCUCUGUCCGAAUUGAUUGAAAGAAAAUUAAUUUACUGUAGUUCAUAAGUGUUGACUUUGUUUGUAGGCUGUUGUUGCUUUAAUUGUUAUCAUUUUACCUCUGCCAAUUAUUUUGACAAUCAUUUUGUGAGUUUGGUUGGUAUGGAAGAUUUGUUGAAGACUUAUGGUUUGAAUUUGUCUCUUUGUUGCAUUUAGAAAAUCAGAUGUUCAGCUAUUUGGUAAUCAGUAAUGCAUCUAUUGCAUCACUUGGGCAUGCAAAGAAAUCUUUCAAAUAGGUAUGGGAUGUCCAUUUUAUUUGAAUAUAUUGUUUCCAUUCCACCAGUUGAAGUCUGCUUGACCUCUUGACUGUUAUCCAAUUUAUAUAUAUAUACUUUUUUUUGUUAAACUUUUAAAAAUUAAUAGCUUUAAUCAGAAAUUAAUCAUGAAUAUAUAUAUAUACACACAAAUACAUAAAAUAUACACUUGAACCUUUCUUCAUUUUAACCUGUCAGUUCUUUUUUAAUUGUGACAGUAUUAAUUUCCCUUGAUCCUUUUGAUCAAUAAAUUUUAAUCAGUCACUGACCUAAAACUCUGUCCCUCUCUUUGUCAGCAGAUUUCUGUCAGUUGUGUAUCUUGGUUUGGUAACCUGAGUUUAGUUGGAAAACAGGUCUCCAGUAUAAUUACAGUUGUCUCAGAGUAUCCCCUACUUUUAUAUACACUCAUACAUUACUGCAAGUCUUCAGAGCCUCCUGAAGUAAAUCCUUCCUGCUGUCCAUUCUGAUGUCUUCAUUCAGCAAUUAGGUUUUGUUAACAGGUCAUUUAGUCCUACUGUAUCUUUUUUUUUCUCUCUCUCUCCCUUUUUUUAAUAGCAUACUUCCUAUAGCAUUCAGUCUUUCUCUUUCCAUUCCAAGUAUGAUAAUUGGAUGACAUUUGAACAGAUAAGGAGACUUCAUUGUGUAUUGGACGUGGAUCUAAAUGCAUUUUUUCUUAUUAUUGCCUGAAGUUUCUAAGAUCCGUAUUUGUGAAUUGUAAUCAUUUACAAUAUAUUUUUAUGUAUAGGUUGUACAUUUUCUUUUAGUUCACAGUAAGUCUGCUAUUCAGAAAGAAAAUCAAACAGUACUUGAUUAUCAUUCACUGAAGUGAAAUUUAGAAUUCCAGUCCUCUCAUUAUAGAAUGACAUGGAUUUUGCCUUCAGUCAUAUUUCUGGUUAGAAUUUCCCCUGAUGAUUGAUAACUGUAGAUGUAUAUGUGAUUACUUUUAUUGGUUUUAUUUCUUUUUUGUGUGUGAUUAACUACUAAUCGAUUUGAUGAUAAAUGAAACAAAGAAUUACCUAAAGUCAUUAUUUUGUGUAAAGCAAGAAAAUUUGAAUAAAGUUAAAAGAAAGUGUUAACUUGCACAACCAGAUGCUCAAGUCUCAAGUCUUUACUACAGCAGACUGGGAAUUAAAAAAAAUACAAUUCACGACUGACUCAAGGUGUCCAUUCAUGUCAUGUUAGAGCCACUCACAUGUGUACCUUCAUUCUGAGAUGUGUGAUCAUAUUGCAUUGCUUUUGCACACUUAGGGAUCUAGGAUGACCAUGCAGUUAACAUUGAAAAUAAAAGAUCUUAAAAGCCUUAUAUCUCGUCGGCUGACUUGUAAUGUUUUAUAUAUUAUUCAGAUGAAACACACUUGAUUAAAACUCUUGCUUCUUCCACUGAAAAAGGGUUUAAAAGAUACAUGGAGGUAUAUUGUGUUUAAAUUAUUGUUCUGCACAGUCUAGGUAUAGACUUUUAUAUACAUAUAUUUUUUUUUUUAUAAGGAACAUUUGUCAAGUGGAAUUGUAAAUUAUGUGAUUGUCAUGCUUUAUUUUCCUUCUAAGCACACUUUCUUGUCCUCACCUUUUUGUAUGCAGGAAUGAGUGUGCAAGACAAAAGUUAAAUUAGGUGUGUGUUUUGAUGAGUCUGUUAUUAAUAUCUACCAGUAGUGUCUAGAUAGGUGACCUUCCUUCAUAGAUCCUUAUCUAGAGGAGAGCUUUUCUAGUGAGCCUGUAUGGGCAGAGUCUUCACUGUUAGUUUAUGUUGUGUUAGUGUGUAGAUGAUAGUCUUUGGGUAAUUUGUUAUGGCAAGGAGUCUAUAUUAUUACAACAAUUGAGUAUGAUAACUAAGAUAUGUAAAUAAGAAUAGAUUUAUGUUUAAAAUGAAAUAAAAGGACAAACUUG